AUGAAAAUCUAUACUAGUUUGCUCUUGGCCACCACCGCCCUAGUUGGGACUUCAUACGGAUGUGCAAAUCAAGCCGUGUACGACCUGUGCUUGAAAACCGGUCAAGCUGCAUUGGGUGCCUGUGGACCUGCUGCCUCUAACGCAAAGUGCGCUUGUGCUGCGCAAAAACAAAUUCUCGCUUGUUACUCUGAAUGUCCCGAUGAUGCGAGUGUGUUCGAUCUGGGUACAAUUCAAGCUGGCCAAGUUCAAGUUUUCUGCAGCAUACCAGGAGCGGAGCCACAAGUAUCGAAUGUGAUGGCUACCAAUACGAUGAAUCCUGCUUCAAAUAUGGCCAGCCCUAUUCAAGCUAGCGCAACAGCUUCUCCAUCUGCUUCCGUUCCCCCUAGCAACAGUAUAAAUGAUAUGACGGUAGGCAAGAAGGAUACACCUGCAAAUGAACAAUCGACUCAAAAGAGCGGUGCUUCACGCUGGGUUGCUGGAAACUACUCCACGAUGGCCGCUCUUGGCAUGGUGUGCAUGUAUAUGGCCAUGUAG